AUGGUGUUGCUUCUGCUGGCAGGCAGAUAUGCCAGGCUGAACAUGCAAACAGAGGGCACAGGCCCAGGUGGCAAGGUAAACAUGAAGUUGAAGUUGCCGGGAAGCCAGUGGUUUUCUCAGCUGGUGCAGGAACACGUUCCGGAUUGGAAGAGCAAGGCUUCAGUUUGGACAGACAAAGAAACCCGCAGGCAUUCUGAGACCGAUGUCAGGGUUUUGGUCAAUGUUGAGGCCGGCUUGGAAUACCGAGGACCAUUGACUGCUUGGAGCAAGGAGGAAGCAUAUCUACAUGAGUAUCUGCAGCAAGCGUCGGAUGCUUUCAGUCUGCGGUGUACGAGCCUGUGCAUGUUCCAGGGCCCUUUGACGGUGACUUGCCCGCAGCGGCUCUCCAGGCCCAUGUGGUGUCCUGCUCCGAUCGACUUGCAGGAUUUUUGCACUGCAGCGGGCCAACGUGCAGAAGACAUAUGUGCACACCUUCGCGUUGCAGAGGCUGAACUUCGAGAAUUUCUCACGGCACCCGUUUGCAUGCAGACUCACGCCUUGUUCUUGACAUUGAUGGAGAAAGGUGCGUGGAUCAGUGUCAUGAGCAGAGUUGCAUGGUUGCCUCCUGCCAGGGACCCUGCGCACAGGCGGUGCAUGGAUUUUUUUUCCGCAAUUGGGGUGCCGAGAGUUGAGUUUCGACAGCAGCAUCAGCAGCUUGCCAGUGGCAGUGGCGGGCAGAGCGUUGGAAACAUGUCGACGGCAGGGGCCGCAGGGGCUUCCCAACAGUCUUUGCUUUUUACGACAGAACAUGCUGAGAAGUUGCUUGGAGAUCUGUUGCGCUGGUCGCCUGUGCUUCUUGCAGAGCUGCCGGCAGAUGAGAGGGCGUCGGAGCAACUUUUGUUAGAAGAGCAUGCUCUCAGGCUGCAGAGGUUAGUCAGAUCAGCGGAGCCACAGGGUAUCUACGAGGGUGGCCGCAGGAGCACAGUGGACGUACGCCACUUGGUCAAGUGUCUCUGUGCUGCGAUGAAGUUGCGCAACCGGGGCGAGUUGAAAUCUGUGCUGAAGCUGGCCUUAGAGUCGAUGCCUGGCUUUACUGGCUUGGACAGCUUAGAGGACUCAGCUUUCAAAGUGCCGUCCGCAGCAUCGCUAUCGCGGGCACAACUCCUUGUCGAUAUGGCGUACUGUUCCUACUGGAGCAACAAGCUGGAGAGCAUGAAAGGGCCAAUCUUCAUCUGGCUCGAUGCAUCUCCUCAGGGGGGCGUGGACUGGCUCCUUAGUGUGCUGCGGUACGUGCCGGACACAUCACUGCAGGCAGCUGUGUCAGCAGCGAAGUACAUGGAGUCCUCCCCAACUUUGUUUGCGCAAGCACGGGAGCAAGGCAACUCUGUCCUCAUGCAACAGAUCGCUCAGGCACGUCACGAGAAUCGCCUACUGUUGAGUCGCUGCCUUCACAUGCAUAGGCUUCUGCCUGGCGGAGUCGGAAGUGGGGCAUCUGCUGUAGAGCAGAAAAUCGCCAGUUUGGUCCACAAGCUGCUGUGCGAGACACAGAGCAUUUCCUUGCUGAGGCACCUCAACUUCAACAGCAGGUUUUGGGAAUUCGGAAUAGUGUUGAAUUUUGGCAGCUACAAUAUUAUCUCGAGAUUCUGUACGGACUGUGGCACGGAAAUGGGAGUCGCAGAAGUGUCGGGCUGUACUGUUCAAGACAUUCUACCACCAUGGAUGCUCUCUUGUUAUGAUCUGGAAAUCCAUGAUGCAGAUGCAAGUCUGGACAUGAACACUGGCGCUGCAGCUCUUGCCGAAGGAAACUCGUCCUUCUACGUAUUUCCGGAGGCUCUGAUCAGCCCAGGGACCCUGCACAUCUGCCACAACAUGGUACGCGAGGUGGACCAAUCGCUUGAACAUUUCUCUGAGUGGCUGCCAGGUUUCAAGGCUGUCGUGAACUUCCUUCACACGGAUGCUUUGCGGCAGCGCUUCCUGGGAUCCUGCCUUUUGGGGACUCCCUUGGAAUUCUUGAAGCAUCAGGUUGUCAAGCUGGUAAAGCCCGCCCUUUGGCGAUGGAAUGGCAUCGCAGGCAUUUUGCCGGGGCUGAUGAGAUCCAGGCAUGUUCUUCAAUCGGCGUGGUCUCGGGAGCGAUUCUUGAAUCCGUCUGGCUUCAGAUCGCAAGAGCCCGCCGAUGAUGUGCUUGGAAGGCUUUAUCUGGAUGGCGCUGCUGCUCAAGAAAAUCAGGAGGCGGAAGACGGCAAGCUGGACCUGGCUGCUUUUGAGAAGGCCGUGAAAAGCCCUGAGUUCUGGCUCUACUCAAACAUGUUGUUGCAACUGCACUUGUUGGUCGAAAGAACAACCUCGUGGAUGGAGGGCUGUCCGUGUGAAUGCCAUCGGCUCGCUGCGGGCGGCAAGCAGGUUGACCCCUCUGACGCAGAUGCCCUGCAGGUUGCUUGCCAGACGGCACGUGUGCCUGUGGAGUCCAGGGCACGCACUGCCAGGAAUUGUCCGCUGGCUGGGCAACGAUCCGUGGAGUUGGCUUCAGGUCUGUUCUGGAAGGAGUUCGAAGAGGACAGCAAAGCAACUGUGCAGGAUGUCUUGUGUUCUGGGACGACUGUCUUAAGCCAAGGCUGUAGCCAAGAGGCCGUGGCAAGAUCUCUGGAUGAUUGCAGCAGAGCACGCACGGUUUUCCACGAGUACUUGGAACAGAAGCUUCGGUGCUGGAAGGAGAUGCCGUGGCGGCUUGCAGCCCUCAACCAUCCAAACUCGGACGUUUGCCGACAACACGCUCGAGAGAUCUUGGCUUUUCUCGAAAGCAGUCCCAAGCAGGCCAGUCUUCACCAUAGGGUCACUUGGAAGUUUCUGGAGCCAGAGUCUCGCUUGCUCGCGCAGCUGAAGCAGUUUGCAGCAGCAGAUGCGGAGAUGCAAACUCUGCCCGAACUCUGGCAAGUCGUGAUGGAGCUCCGGUUCAUUCCCACUUGUGAGAGGCUCCAGGAGGGAGACCAUGCUAUCGUGAAGAGGGCCCUAGGAGAGAAUCGCCGAGCUUCCGGACCUUUCGUGUCCAUGGCCAUCCGCAUGCCGGAGAUAGAAGCUUUGUUCGUGAAGCCAGAGGAUUGGAAGGACUUCUUGUCCCAAUGGCCGAAGAUCCAGCGGCCGGACGAGGCAGCCAAGCGGUUUGGGCUUGUUGGACAUCCGUGCUACAAAGCCGCCUGCGAAGAGAAGGCUGGCAGCAAAGAGAAGCGUGCCGUGCUGGCCGUGUCGCUGUACAACCUUGAUCCAGAGCUGCAGUUCCUGAACAAAGCAAGGCUUCGGAAGAAAAAAACCGCAGAUGCGGAUCGCAUCAAAAAGAGCAGGCUGAACUUUUUCAAUCAGCAGAACCCGGAGUUGCGCCAGUGGAGUGUGGACAAUGUGGAGCACAGGGCAGCCGCAGUGCACUUGCACGCACGGAUGGAGGCAGGACGCUUGUACUCAGCCCCACCAGGCGCGGUUGCUUUGCCACCUUUGGAACAGAAGCUUAAAUCCCUUCGUGCCGCACCAGCCUUGCAGCCCGAAAGCGCUUUUGCCUUAGAAGCGGACGGGGACGCCUGGUCUGCCUCCGAUGGCCACCCUGAUUCAGAGCCGGUCCUCGACGUUGCCGUGGUGGAUGCAGAAGCAACUUUGCCAUCGGGUCCAAUCACAUUCUUCCGGCUGAGUUCUCAGAAGGGCGGCAGGCGAAGGCUGGUCCCUUUGCCUGCGGCGAGUGGCCAAGGUCUUGCCGCGACAGACGUCACUGUUUCCAUGCAUGAGUUCUUGCAGCGAGAAGGUUCUUGUUAUGUCAAGGUCGAAGCCAGCAAAGCUGCAGGUGUUGUGUCUCCAGCAGCCGUGAUAUCCCUUGAUCCACAGACUGCGAAGACCUUACCCUGCAAUUUACAGAAGUGGUCUACUUGCAAGAAGCUCGUGUACAUGCUGACAGGCUUCCCUGUCACAGAUGCAGUGCUGCAGCUACUUGAGAAGUUCGUUUCCAAGGGCGCUUUUCCAGGUGCAAGCAUAGAGCAUCAUUUGCUUGUGCUACGAAGCGAUUCAGAGAUGUUCAUGUUGUGCCAAGAAUUGCAAUUGCAAGGAUUUGCCAGAUGUGUCAGAGAAGCAUCCGAUGAAACAUGGUGGGUUUUGACUGACCGAGCUUUAGCGAAUCUUGUACACAUGCACGAGAUCUGCCGCCCUUCUCUCGUCUUCCCCCCGGUAGAGAACUUGCUGGAGCUUGUUGCAGGGAAUAGUUCAGCAGUGAAGCAGUUCACAUCUUGGGAAAUGUUCAAGGUCCUCGAGCACAAGGGCUUCCAGCUUUGCAAACUCCCACAGGCCAAGGCAGCAAGACGUGCGCUUCCACCUCUGACUUUUCAGAGCGAGCGGCCAAAAUGGUAUGUCCGUGACAAGACUUUGCAAACCACAGCAAUGCAGCUCUACAUGCAAGCCUUGGUCGUUUCAGACACUCUCUUUGCGGGCCAUGUGUCCUGGACAUAUUUGAUUUGGUGUGUCUCUUGCAUUCACCACGGACAAAACAUGCACUAUUAUGCAGAACUCCUAGAUGCUGAGUCCAUGGCAACAGGGGAUCUGCCGGAGGCUGUAGAAGAUGGGCAAGACAGCCAGAAAUUGCAGCUGAAAGGCGCCCAAGAUGAGGAUGCUUUGCUGUGCAUGGAUGAUGCGUUUGCAGAGAGCGAGCCAAGACAGGCUUCCCCCCCGAAGCCUCCGCUUCCACUUCCAUUGCCGCGGCAUCGACCUGCGUCGAAGGUGAAGGAUACGACCAUGACAAGUUCUGAGGCUUCUAGUGAUGAUGAUGUUGUGGAUGCGCGCGACCCACCUUCUCCUGCUUCCCACGGGCACUCAGAAGCGGCAGGUGUUUCUGAUUGGUUGCUUGAAGAUGAUGAUGAAAAUGCAGAGGGGCAGGAUCCAACACUGCCGGCGCCGCCUGUGGAGCCCUUGAGUCCUGCUGCUGCAGAUGCGCAGCAGCCCUUGUGGUCGUUGUUGGGACUGCCAGCACCGGUACCCAGGUCCCCAGGUGAUCAUCCGUCCGAUUAUUCCCCUUCGAUGCCUCCUGAUGAAGAUGAGCAUGCAAACAACGGCCUGACAGAAGAGCUGCUGCAACAGCUGGGGUCGGAAAACUUCGCUAUCCCAGGUGAUUCUGCACAAUUUGAGCUCGAGCCGCCGACUGCGAUUUCCACAGCUGUUGAAGCGCAGGCAGACACAGGGGAUGCAUCAACGAUUCCUGCAGCGGUUGCAUCCUUUACAGAUGCAGGGGAUGCAUCAGCGAUUCCUGUAGCUCCUGAUGUUCAACCCGACCCGGGGGUUGUGCCUCCGCCUCCGAUUCCUGAAGAUGGAGAAGGUGCCUCUAGACUCCCCAGAGCACCGAAGCUACACCCUGAUUCGUUUUCGUGGGGACACUUUCGAUUCACAUUUUCGGAUGCCACGAAGCGACCGCCGCAUGGACAAUGGCAGGCCAAGUGUCGGUUUCAUAUGCUCAACCAGAAAACCUUGUGCACACGUGCCAUGAACGUGGGCCCCAGUGAUGAAAGCAAGGACCUGGCUUUGAGGCUGCUGAAGGGCUGGUGUUUGGCAGCCCCCCAGCAUGAGCGCAAGAGCACACACGCCGCCAUACCGUUACAGCAGAAAGAUGCCUUACCCCAUGAAGUGUUGGAUGCCAGGCAGCGUGACAUGCCACCUGUGCCUGUCAACGUGGUUUCAGAUGCCGAGCUGGAUGCUAUGGCCGCCGCCGAAAUGCACGCUUCCCCGAGAGCGUCAGCAAAACGCAAAAGAGGAGCUGCUGAGUCUUCUUCUGCGAGACCGAAGGCCAAACCGGCAGCCAAGGUUGCAGCUAAACGUCAGGCAAAAAGCAAAGCCAAAGUAAAGGCCAAGGCGAAGGCAAAAGAAAGAUCAGCGGCAAGCAAGGCGGAGGCCAAGGCCAAAGCGUCGGCUGCCUGGGCCUCUGCUGAUGAGGCCGGAUCAGACCCGCCGACCAGCAGCGGCAGCAGCAGUGGCAGUAGUAGCAGCAGCUCGUCAUCAAGUUUAUCCACUGACUCAACGUCCGAUUGA